CCUGUCCCCAAAUGGAAACAUCUUAUCACGUCAUAGUAUCCCUUGCGUUGACAUCAUUGGCUCGCGACCCCUGAUUCAGGAAACCAACUGUCUGUCACCAAGGAUCCAACGCUUCCUACAUCAGUUCACGGCAGGGAGAGUAGGCUCGACAAUUCAAGCCAGGAAUACAGGCGGAUACCUUUCAGCUUCCGUUCAGGGGACCCAACCUCAUCCUUUCUACUUAACGUGUUCGAGAAAUGGAUUCGUUCAUUGAUUAGACCUAACCAGCACCUCACGUGACCAUGACGUCAUUCCGGGACCGCGGUAUUGAACAGGCCUUCUCCCCUAUGAACCGUCGGAGAUUAAAACCGACCAUAUCCUUCGAUAAUUCCCACACAUCAGAUCCCUCGGAACCUUCGGCGGAGUCCCCGGUCGUCGAGGAACAUACCUUUGCCCGGCCCGACUGCAGACCGCUGCAUUUGAGGCGCUUGCAGAAGACUCAAAGUCUUCCGCGCUUCAACCCACCUGGAGAGGGCAGUGCAUUUCUAAACGUCCCCAGCCCCGUGCUCAUGCCCAAAGCCUUCCGCCAUAGCUCUGACAGUUUAAGGGGCAGGGACAGUCCGAGUACCACCCCGUCCUUGCCUCGUCUAGAUAUCACAAACGGAAUAACGUCACCGCGGCUAUCACGUGCGCCGCAGCUGAGCAGUAGGAGCACGUCUUGCCCUGUGAUUGGACCCGGUGGCAUCCCCUUAAACACAGUCGUAGGCCGCUCACCCCGUCUGCCACACAAACUGACCCGCUACGGGUCGGACUCGAGCAACGCCACCGCCAGCUAUACCGGCCUCGGCACAUGUAACGAGGACGAGGACGACAGAGACAUCAAUCUCCAGGAUGAGAUCAUCUCCGACCUCCCAAUCGAACCUUCACAAAACUUCCCCGAUAUCAUAGAACACGAGGAGCUAGUGGAUAUACCACCAAGGUCACCGCCGCUCUCUUACCCUGGCCAUUCUAAUAAUGUUAUAAAUACGAACUUAGACUCUGCCGAGCGGGAGAGACUUCAUCAGGGUAAGGUGAUCAGUAUUGGCCAGAUUACACCCAACAUGGCCAAGAGACUGCUUCCAGAGCAAGACACCAAGGGCUCAGUUCGAAGUCGGUGUCGGGAGUGGCUAGAGAACCUUCCCCCAGACUCCAUAGAGGAUGACAGGGAUGCUUAUGAGAGCACGUGAUACAGUUUAUAUUUAUUUUGGGCGAGGUAUUCUAAUUGUGAACCCUAAAUAUCAAAGGAGUGUGUUAUGUGUUCUUUGUAAAAUGAGGCUAUAUUUUCUAUGUCGUAUCAACUGCCAACUAGUGUUUUGCGUGGCCAGAGACCUGAUAGGUCAACAUAAUUAUGUGAUUAUCGAAAAAAAUUGUGAUAUCAAAUACUGGUUUUGUACGGUUGUAUUUAAACGAACAACAUUUAAAAAUACUGGGCAACGAAAUGCAGCCGGAUAUUCCUCAAAACAUAUGAGUCUAUGUGUCAAGAGACAAAAAAGAUUAUAGUUAACCUUUCUAUCCUGCAAUGGGCUAGGGAAUUAGCUGUUUUGGUCGUGUAGGCUACUGGGUGUUGAGCCAGGAGGAUUCCGGACGUGCGUUAUAGCGGAGUCCAUUCGGCACUAGACAUCCCAGAAGUGAUUAAAACAGUGAAUUCAUUUUAUUGACCUCUGAAAAGGCGUCAUUGUGGAAAUCAAACUACCAGCACGUGCAACAUGCUUUUAACUACGCGCAACGGACUUUAAAAUGAUGUCAUUAAAGAAGUCCUCUCUACCCAAUUAUGAUUACACCCUGAUACAGGCAAACUACAAAGAAGCUCAUCAGAUCUGUGUGAGCUUUGGGGCCGAGCUAUUCAACACGCUAUUGUAGUGGCCGUGUACAUUGCGUCACUUUUGUUUGUUAAGUACUCUGGCCAAGAUGACAUGGGUGUGUGACAAGCUGAUAACAUGUAUAAACAUGAAUGAGGCCCGCAGACGGGACGGACAACCGGUAUCCUCCUUGGGUGUGGUGCUAUUGCCAAUUAAGAUGCUGGCUUAGGUAUUCAUAGGCUUAUUGUAUCUUCCUUUUGGUGCUGAAGUCUAUUACCCACGCCAUGUUUUGAUGAAUGCGACAAGCCAGGGAGAUACGAUCUGUGAUGUCUAAUUCAUUUGGAGAAAUCAAGGCCUGUAGCCAAUUGGACGACGAUGAUGGCAGUCGUUUCCAGGAUAUGCCAAUUGGUCUCAUUUGAUUGAUGUAUUUAACAGCGCGGUGUAUUCUGGCCCUAGGUGAUUGAUGAGAUUGAUAAAGGCAGCGUCAUGCCUUGAAUAAACUCGUAAGUUAUACAGGGAAAUGCAUAUCAAAAUGAAUGAUUUAUGUUUUGACGUGGGCUACUUGUUGAUCCAAGUCUGGCGAUAGCAUCACCAAACACGGUAAGAGACGGCGGGUUUGAUUUCCAUGGCAUUGCCGGUCCACACCUGUUGGUCAGAACCUGAAGUGCCCAGUUGGCAAUCAGUAUUUGUGUCAGAGAAACGGGACUGCUUUUAUUGUAUUCUCUCAUUCAUUUGGUAUCUGCGUUGUGCAUAUCCCGUCUAAUUUCACCUCCCACCAUAAACACAAACCUAUUCCCACACGUAUCGCUCACUUAUUGGACCAUAAUGUUACGGUGGUAAAGCAUCGUUGUCGGGUCUGAGAUCAAAGCGUCCCGGGCUAUACACCCAAAGAUAAGAGUCCAUUGAUGAUGACAGCGGCCCUGUGUCAUUUCGAUGCUCACAGAUCAGAAUCCACAUGUUCCUUCCUGAUAUAAUAAACAUGUAGAUGUA